AUGUCACAGUUUGUCAGAUUCUUGUGUGGAAACAAAACCAACUGUGAUGAUUGUCAUAGAGAGAACCUUUUGCUGCUCGAGGAAAUCCGGCGUAUGGUACAAGAGCGCGACAAUCUAGUUUCGACCUUCAGAGAUCUUCAGGAGGAAUUGAUUGAGAAGCAGACGGAAGUCGUUGAAAAUCAAGCCAUGGCUUCACGGUUCAAAAAGCAAGCUGACGAGUUCCGUGAGACUUUUCUCGCUAACAACACUCGGAAUCAAAAGGCCAGCACCGAUGUUGAUUCGAGGAUAAGAACUCUCCAACAGCAAUUGAUUGAGAAGAACGCCGAAGUCGGUGAGAAACAAGCCAUGGCUCUACGGUUUAAAGAGGAAGCCGACGAGUUUCGUGAGAUCUUUCUCGCCGAGGCUGGAAAGCAAAAGGUCAGCGACGACGAGGUCAUCCAGUCUUUCUUGAAUAUGCGGCAGAGAGCACUUGCUCUUAUCAAAUUCAAAGGACUUCGUUUCGACCAAGUGCCUGCCCUGGAAAGGAAUGCGCCUCAUGACCUGAGGGAAUUUUACGGUGAUGGUACAUGGGCGUCCUGGAGUCACACGGACCGCGAGCUCCACGUUCGCCAGAAAGUUUUCGAAAUACUCUAUCGCCGCAUUCUUGAUGCUCCAUGCUUCGGUAUUGAAGGGCUCUCGGACACACAGGACGGAAAAGUAACAAGUGUCUCACGAGGGCUCAGUGGCUUUGAGGCUAUGUUGAAGGAAAAGAAAUUAUCACUGGUCUCGAUGUCCAACUGGCGACGUGCCACAAUCGAGUGUGCCGAGGGACUUGGUAUCCAAGAGCAGCUGAGUGACCGUGUCGCCGAAGAGCUGCUGACCUUCCUCGGCCCAAUACUCAAUAAUCAAUCCCGUUCGCUGCCAAAAGAACUAUUUACCUACUUCGCCCAAGGACUCAAUAAUCAAUCCCGGUCGCUGCCAGAAAGGCUGCAGUCGAUGGCAUUGAAUUUGUGCAGAGAUGCAUUCAAAUUGACAAUUAUGAUGCGCAAGGCUCAAGACGAGUAUCGUUGUGAUGCAAUUCAACACAGGGUGGGACGCCCCACAUCGAAUUUUGAUACCUGGGCUGAACCACAUGCCGUCGAUGGGGGAAAUAAUGAUGAGGCCGGGGAUGAUAUUGCAUACGUGCUUUUUGGGGCACUGACCAAGAAGUCCUUAUCUUAUGAGGGAAUAGAGAGGGUGUUGGUCAAGGCCGAAGUCGUGAUGGCGAGGAGAUUGUGA